AGACAACCGACGAACCAACGCGAUGUCGGCGCCUGUCGAUGCUUCUCCGCCUACGACGAUGCGCGUGAACCUCAAGUUCAUUGACGAAGAAGCGAUAGCCAUGAUUGUGGACCGCGGCAUCAGCAUCGCCGACUUGAAAGCUCAAAUCAUGCGACCCACGGGCACCGCCGUGGAGAGACAACGCCUCAUUUACAAAGGCAAGGUGAUGCGGGAUCACAUGCAUCUGCACAACUACAACUUUAUGGACGGCGACACCGUGCAUGUGGUCGUCAACCCGCCUCGAUCGACACCCACCACGACGUCGUCAUCGCCCGCUCAACCGUCGUCACUCCCACCUACGCCCACCCCACGUGACAACCCCCUUGCCGUUCGUUCCACAAACCAGGAGCAGCAACCCCACACACACGCACCCCGUGCGUUGAUGGCAGUGGAAUUUACCGCUUCCCCGACGAUCCAGCGUGGUCGACAUCGGUCUUUGUCCAGAGAACAGGCUGUCAACGCCCUUGCCCUACAAGGCACGCGGCUUCGUCAAGCGGCGGAGCGUAUGUCGCGCGCCCUUCCGUCUUCGUCGUCGAUUUCUCCCUACGAACAUGCUUCCAACGACUUUAUCAACGCGGUGGUGUCGCUGUCUCGGCAAGUCGCGUCCGUUGCGGAGACGCUCCGCCCGCUCUUGGCUUACCCGGCCGAGGACCUGGCGAACGAUCCCGCGACGCGGCACUCUGUCGCAGACACGUUGAACCUCCUCGAGCAGCUGGAAGAGUUUGUGUCGUCCGUUCGAGACGCCGUCCACAACGACACGGCGACGACCGUCGUGCACAUGAUGAACCACGACAACAACCCGUCCGCCAUGAACGUCAUGAUGACGCUGUUGCAAGCAGUGGGCAGCGCCGUGCGAGGAGUGACGACGACGACUCAACCGGCGGAACAAGUUGCCGCUGGUUCCUUCUCGCCAGUGCCGCCAUCAACGCAUGCUCCACUUAGCGACGCCCGCUCGUCCCUUCUUGGAACCGACGCCACUCCGCUCUCCGCUUUGAUGGAUGUGGUAUUUCAACAGAUGCAGACGUUCUACGUGUCGGCGCAGGACGCCGCGCGUCCCUUGCAUGAGAUGCCCGACGAAUUCCUCGAGAUUGUGCACCAACCAUUGCGACACGUGCUUCGAACGGCGUUGGGGUUUGCAGACAACGACGUCGAGCCAUUGCAGUUGCGCAAACGAGUCAAAGCGUGGGCCAAGGCAGCGUCGCGUCAGUACGAUGUGCUGCUGGUACAUUGAUAUAUAUCUGCGUCACAAUGUAUAUAUAUAUAUUGAUUUAUAUAGAUAGAUAUAUUGUGAUACAACUCAUUUGGCGGGAACUGACAGUUGUGUACGUAGCGACAGGCAAUGGGCGCCGUGCAUCAAAACAGUCGCGUAUGGACGGACGAGACGAGGCACACGCCCUGGUUCAUUUCCCUGGCUGAUCUGGUCUUGGCCACCAGUUCUUCCUCGCAUUUUGCAGCCAGCCUUCGGUAUGAGCAUUGUGCUUGAAGCUUAUUUAGGAACCAAGAAUCGCGGAAUAUGACGGUGACUUUAUAGGCAAUGGGGUCGUCGCGGGCUGAGUUUGUUGCUGCACGAGGUGGUUGCUGGCACCGCCACGGACGACGAGCAUGUGGAGGAUGGGCUGGCGCUGGCUGUGGUUGGUCAUAUAGCGCACACAGUAAGUUGUGUAUCGAAACACAUUGUCUUUAUGCACUGUAUGGAGUUGUGAAAUAUAAGGGAUGGGCUGAUUUGUUGACUGAUUUGUAGACGACGGACGUGGCCCGCGACCGAGGGGCGGUGGACGACGCGGGACUAAGCGCCGUUCGACACGUCGUUCUGUCGGUGGCUCGUGAGAAUUUGGAGGCGCUGGCGGGUCGCGUGACGUCGGCCGUCCAUGCGCCCUGACGCCACACGAUGGCGAGGACAUGCUAGUAUAUAUCGGUAGCCCAGUAGUAGUACUAGUAGUAGUAGGAAGUAAUAUAAAGAAAUGCAAGUGUAUCAUGCAGACUCCACCACGGAGCAAUUUCACA